UUGGUUUGAGAGCAAGUAUGUGAAAUGCUUUAUAUUGCUGUAAUCAUUCAGCAAGUGUUGUAAUGUGCUAUUGUUAACAAAUUAGUAUUUUCUGAAUGAGUUUUUUGCUGAAUUAAUAACUAGCUAACUUUACACUAAAGAUGUUUACAUUAGGGUUACAUAAUUUUAAGCUAAAUGUACUGUAAUACAACCGUUUCAGUACACAAAUACUGUGUACUGAAACAUUUCAAGAUAACACAUGAGCCUCUGUUUGCUGGACAACAAAAGAAUUGCAUCAAAUAUUUGAGUUGAGUUACCUUAUAUUAUUAUACUAAUGUGGAUAACAUUACUAACACAGCCUAACAGUGAUUGUUAUCUACUGUACCUAAUAACAUUUGUUAAGGUAUCGUCUGUGAAGUUUGGUGUGGUGGUGAAGGUCAGAAUGGCUCUUGUUCUUCUUCUCAUCUUUCUGCUCAUGAAUUCUGGAGUUUUUGGACAAGACUGGAAUGUGAAUUAUAAAGAUAAUUCAAUAUGUGCUGUCAAAGGAUCCACAGUAAACAUGUCAUGCACAUACAGAUACCCUCAGCAGUAUAAUCUGACAGAAACCCUUUGGAUCAAUAAACCAAUUGAGAUUAAAAGUUUAAAAGAAUAUCAGGAGUAUAAAGACAGGGUUGAAUACAUUGAAGACAGACAAAACAAAACUGCUGUUCUCAGACUGCGUAACGUCACUGAAAAUGAUGAGAAAGUGUAUUAUUUCAGAUUAAUAACUGCAACUGAAGGACAAAGAUGGUUUGGUCAACCAGGAAUUCAACUGAAUGUUUCUGCCCUUCAGGUUCAGGCUCCACAGCAGGUGCUGGAGAAAGAAACGGUCAAUCUGACAUGUAGAACUACCUGCAAUCUGACAGACAGAUUCAUCUGGUACAAAAAUGGACAGGCUUUAAACUUCCACAGCAACAUCCUGCAGCUUCAGUCAGUCCGCAGUGAUUCUGGCAGUUACAGCUGUGCCGUCAGAGGACAAGAACAUCUGCCCUCUCCUGCUGUCAGCCUCAGCGUCAUGUAUUCCCCCCGAAAUACAUCAGUGUCCAUCAGUCCGUCUGGUGAAAUAGUGUCAGGAGAUUCAGUGACUCUGAACUGCAGCAGUGAUUCAAACCCUCCUGCUCUGAACUUCAGCUGGUUUAGAGGAGAAACAUUUCUGGGAUCUGGCGACACCUACAGCAUCAGUAAUAUCAAGUCUGAGGCCAGUGGAAACUAUUAUUGCUCUGCUAGAAAUGAACAUGGAUCUCAGUUCUCUGCUGCUCUGACUGUGAAUGUCAUGUAUCCUCCAAAGAGCGUCUCAGUGUCCAUCAGUCCGUCUGGUGAAAUAGUGUCAGGAGAUUCAGUGACUCUGAACUGCAGCAGUGAUUCAAACCCUCCUGCUCUGAACUUCAGCUGGUUUAAGGAGGAUGAAACCUCAGCUGUUGGAUCUGGACAGAGUUUCAGCAUCUCCAGCUUUAGCUCCAGUUUCAGUGGACGCUUCUACUGUGAGGCUCAGAAUAAAUAUGGAUCUCAGAGAUCAGCGUCUGUUUCUCUCACUGUUAAAGAUGUAGGACGUCUGGUGAUAUUAUACAUAUCCAUUGGAGUGAUCCGUGGAGCUGCAGUGAUCAUCAUGCUGUUGCUGAUUUGGAGAAGCAGGAGGAUGAAAAAGAGAAACGACACAAUGGAGUCUCAGAUGAAUCGUUCCAGCCCUCGUCAUGACAGACGGAAAGCUUGUGAUGUUGAGUUGAGUGAACCGGUGUAUGAGAAUGUAUCGUCUGUGAAGUUUGGUGUGGUGGUGAAGGUCAGAAUGGCUCUUGUUCUUCUUCUCAUCUUUCUGCUCAUGAAUUCUGGAGUUUUUGGACAAGACUGGAAUGUGAAUUAUAAAGAUAAUUCAAUAUGUGCUCUCAAAGGAUCCACAGUAAACAUAUCAUGCACAUACAGAUACCCUCAGCAGUAUAAUCUGACAGAAACCCUUUGGAUCAAGAAACCAGAUGUAGACAUCAAAAGUUUAAAAGAAUAUCAGCAGUAUAAAGACAGGGUUGAAUACAUUGAAGACAGACAAAACAAAACUGCUGUUCUCAGACUGCACAACGUCACCGAAGAUGAUGAGAAAGAGUAUUGUUUCAGAUUAAUAACUGCAACUGAAGGACAACAAAGGAUUGGUGAACCAGGAAUUCAACUUAAAGUUUCUGCCCUUCAGGUUCAGGCUCCACAGCAGGUGCUGGAGAAAGAAACGGUCAAUCUGACAUGUAGAACUACCUGCGAUCUGACAGACAGAUUCAUCUGGUACAAAAAUGGACAGGCUUUAAACUUCCACAGCGACAUCCUGCAGCUUCAGUCAGUCCGCAGUGAUUCUGGCAGUUACAGCUGUGCCGUCAGAGGACAAGAACAUCUGCCCUCUCCUGCUGUCAGCCUCAGCGUCAUGUAUUCCCCCCGAAAUACAUCAGUGUCCAUCAGUCCGUCUGGUGAAAUAGUGUCAGGAGAUUCAGUGACUCUGAUCUGCAGCAGUGAUUCAAACCCUCCUGCUCUGAACUUCAGCUGGUUUAAGGAGGAUGAAACCUCAGCUGUUGGAUCUGGACAGAGUUUCAGCAUCUCCAGCUUUAGCUCCAGUUUCAGUGGACGCUUCUACUGUGAGGCUCAGAAUAAAUAUGGAUCUCAGAGAUCAGCGUCUGUUUCUCUCACUGUUAAAGGGGUUCAGAGAUCAGCGUCUGUUUCUCUCACUGUUAAAGGUGUUUGGAAUAUCCUGUAUGUCAUUAUUGUUUGUGCCACUAUUGCAAUUAUAGCUGUAUUUGGGCUCUUGUUUCUCCUCAUUUUGUGCAUAAGGAAUAAGAGAAGAAAUAAUGAUUCUAAAGACUCUGUGCAAAAAAAGGAAUCUACAGGAAAGAGCUCUGAAUCCGGAGAUGGUAAAGAUGCUUCUAUUCAAGACUGCAGAGAUAAAGACACAAAGGAACCUGAAGAGGAUGAGAUUCAGUAUGCCAGCAUUACAAUUCAAAAUCCUGCUACUGAAGACAAAUCUACAAGCCAAGAGAAGGAUUUGUCUGUGAUUUACAGCAGCGUCAUGAUCCAGACUUAAUUUUAUUUAUUUUUUUUAAAUUCUGGGAUUGCAUCUAAAAAUAUAAACCAGACUAUAAUAAGUUUUUUUCUCCCUGGCUUUAGUAUUUGUGUUUCAUUUAAUCAUGAUUACAUUUUGAGUGUGCAUUGCUGUUUUGCUUCUUAUCCCAGUCCCAUCAUAAAUGUAAUUUUGCAAAGUAUAAAUUUGUAUUGACAUAUUUCCUGUGUGUUAAUAAAAAAGUUUCAGACUGGUCAGGUAAUAUCA